GCAUCCCUCAUGGAAUAUCUCAGCAAUGUGGAAAGUUUGACGAAAAAGUACCUAGACAAAAGGUCUGCAGGUCCCAGUACCAGCAAUGAGCCCACGCCUAACAGCAACACUAGCAAGGAUGAUGCACGUUCAUCCACCAGCCCCAAGACCAGAAUCAAUGAUGACGAUGAUACCCCAUGCUUUGGGAAUGACUGCAGUGAGGACAACGUGGACACAGAAAAGAAGGGAAGACUAGAAUGGGGUAUCUACAUGUCCAGAAAACUUCUUUCCAUCUACAAGGAGAAUGCAGACACAUUGCAGACAACCAGAAACAAAAGGAAAGUAUGGGAUGAGAUAGCUGCAGCCCUCCCUCAAGAGACCUCCAGAAAUAUUAACAUCACAGGGGAGCAAGCAAGAGAAAGGUUUUAUACUUUGAAAAGAGGAUACAGAAAAUAUGUUUUGGAAUCAAAUAAGUCAGGAAACAAGAGGCCACGACCUUUCCUCCUUGAAAAAGAAAUGGAAGAAAUUCUUGCGAAAGACCCGACAUUUGCUCCAGUAGCAGCUAGAGGCUCUCUUACUAAAACUGGCACCGAGGAUUCAGAUGAGGAAGAGGAUGACGAAUCACAGGUUAACACAACUCCGCCCCCAGAAAAAAGGAGGAAGAAGAACAAAACAGAGGAAUUGCGCAAAAUCUUAGAAGAAAGGGACGACAAGUUUUUGAAUACUCUCCGGGAAAUGCAGGAAUCGCAAAAUGCUGUAUUGAACAAAAUAAUUGAAAAGCUUUCUUAAGCUGUCAAUUUGGUAAGAUGCACAUGAUGCAUGUAUGAGUAAUUUGCGCAUGUUGCAAUGCCCUUUAUUAAUUAUUUUUCUGCAGCAAGGAAAGCUAUUCUAAUAUAUGUUAUACACUGUAAAGUGUUGCAUACAAUCGAUCAUGUUCAUGAAAUUUGUUCAUCUUUUAUUUUUGUAACUUUAUUUCCUGAUAAAUUUUGUUAUACAAAAUUGUGCAUAAAAACUUUUAACAAAACAUAUGUUUUCUGUUUUUGAAACAACACAUCAUGUCUAUUGUUGAGUGGCUAACUCUAAAAUUCAAUUUAAUUGAACAAGAUGCUGCAUUAUGUCAUUUCGUAGUCGUACACCAUUCAUUUGAUAGCCACUAGGUCUUGAUUCUGCAUUAUCACAAGCAUGGUUGUCGGUGUUAUCAUCAAACAGAUCAAAAUUUUCCU